UACCACAAAUGACAACACUCUUUCUCUCUCUAUCUAUAGUCAAGGUAGCCGUUGCACCUCUUAACACUAUACAAUCAUAUUAACUCUCACAUAACAUAGCAUUUCCCUCGUCAACAAGGAACCACCUUCUCUCUCUCUCUCUCUCUCUCUCUCUCUCUCUAUAUAUAUAUAUAUAUAUUUUCUUCUCCACCACAACGCUCCUUCCUUCCACCCGUUUUCUUACCUCCAAUGAAUUCCCUUGUUGCCCAAACCGAAUUUUCCGCUCCAAUGGAUUUAAAACCCAAACUUUGGAACACACCACCUUCAACUUCUAGCAGCUGUAGUAGCAGUAGCUGUAGCAGCAGCAGCAUCAGCAGCGAGAGCGAUGAGAGCCCCUUCUGUUCCCAACGCAUACCCAUACCCAUAGUUUCUGGCGGCUUCUUUCACUCUCACCGAUCACUCUCGGUUCUCUCGGGACACGUGGGCUCCGUUUCAUGCUUGGCCUUAUGCGGUGAGUUCAUCCUCAGUGCCUCGCAGGGUAAGGAUAUCAUAGUGUGGCAGCAACCAGAUUUGAGGGUAUUUGCAAAGUUCGGACAAGGAGAUGGAUCAGUGAAGGCACUUGCAACGGUUGGGAACAAGGUCUUCACCGCGCACCAAGAUAGCAGGAUCAGAGUUUGGAAGGUGUCAAGAAGCUCAGAGAACGUGUUCAAGCUCGUUGACACUCUUCCCACAACCAAGGACUAUUUGGGGAAGUUCAUGAAGCAGAGCAACUAUGUCCAAACCCGGAGGCACCACAAGCGUUUGUGGAUUGAACACGCGGAUAGCAUUUCAUGCUUGACGGUGUAUAACGGUUUUAUUUAUUCUGGGUCGUGGGACAAGACUCUUAAGGUGUGGAGGCUCUCGGAUUUGAAGUGUUUGGAGUCAAUAAAGGCUCAUGAUGAUGCUAUCAAUGGGUUGGUGGCGUGUAAAGGGGUUAUGUAUUCUGCUUCUGCGGAUGGAAAGAUUAAGGCUUGGGGGAGAAAAAAAGAUGGAAAGGGGGAGGAGCAUGGUUUGAAGGGGGUUUUGGAGGGUCAUAAAGAUGUUUCUUUUAAUGCUGUUGUUGUUUCUGAGGAUGGGAAAUGGGUUUAUGGAGGAGGGUCUGAUGGGUUUGUGAUGGGGUGGGAGGGGCUUGAGAGUUGCUGUUGGAAGCUGGUUUCUGAGACCAAGGCACAUGAGAUGGCUGUGUUGUGUAUGUGUUUAAUGGGGGAGAUUUUGUGCAGUGGAUCAGCGGAUAAAACCAUAGGGAUUUGGAGGAGAGAGACUUUUGGUAAGCUUUGUAAAGUUGGGGUCAUAAGUGGUCAUGAAGGGCCUGUCAAGUGUUUGCAGGCUUCACCUAAUAGGAUUGGUGGUGGCUUUUUGUUGUACAGUGGAAGCCUUGACAGAAGUGUUAGAGUUUGGUGGGUUCCAAGGUAUAAUAAUGAUGCAGAAGAACAAGUAGAGGAUAACAAUUCUACAAGAUGUUGAAGGCUGAGUGACUGAUGAAGCACACGAUCUAUUUUAACAGUGUCUGCCGUGCUUCCUUCUUGAUUAUUCAUUUUCUCCCUUGAAUUUGUUUUAGGAUGCUGAAAUACUGGAAUGAAGGGCAGAAUUGAAGAUUUUGUUUGUAUCUUGAAAUUGCUGUUUUGCUUUUCGGUUUGCAAAUGGUGUUGAUUUCAUAUUUUUUUUUUCUGAGCUGAUUGUAGAAUCUAAGGGUGAAAUUAGGGGGCAUAGCAGAGUGGUGUGUGGUUAUACUUUUGUUUUUUAAAUUUCAUUUUUGGAUUUGUAUACAAUUGUAACUAUGCCUGUAAAGGACUCCAUCUAUGGAAACAAAUCAUGUUCUUUUGUCA